AUGGAUAAGCUAAAUCCAUUCGGACCUCUGCAGCGUUCCAUCGAGGCACUGAAAACUUCAGAAUGUAAUGAAAAGGAGAAGCUCGCCCACUUCGGGCAAAUCAGUGAAACAAUCAUCAGCGUCAAACCCGGCACGCCUGUGUCCAAUUCACCCAGCUACCAUGGGCACCUCACCAACUCUAUCGCUGUGCUUAUCUUGUUUUGCGAAGAAAUGGAUUCUAGCGUUCGCAUGGCCGCGGAGGAAAACCUAUCGCGUAUCGUUCGGCAUUGCGAAUCUUCAGGAAACAUCAUUCGCGUACAGCGGGACCUCUACCAUGAGAUAAAAAAGAACGGCAACGAAAGAUCCUUACGCAUCGCUUUGUCCAUCUUCGCGCAGUACUGCAGCACCAUAAGGCAACGUAAGGCUCGAACUUACGCCCAGAAUCUGCUGCCUUGCAUCUACUCCAUUUCCAAGCGCCGUGAACCAGCUCUGUUGGAAAGUUUGUGUGCGUUCACGCAGGUGUUCUGUGAGCACAUGGAAGGAUAUCUCACCGAUGGCGAGGUGCUGAAAAUGACCGAACUCUUCCUCGAAGACAUAGGCUCCGAUUGUUCCACCAAGCGCCGUAGCGCUGCGAGAAACACGCUUACAUUCAUUCUAGGCUCCCGGAAUCCCGAUUUUUACGCCAACAACGCGUUCAACCGGUGCAUAGAGCAGCUGUUGAAAUGUGGCCAGCUACAACAGCAACCGAACACCGUGCUCGGUGUGAUGGGAUGUUUCCGGGCGAUAUUACCCAUCGUGCUGCGCAAUUGUAGCGUUGAAAAAUCGAUCGAAAUAUUUGAUCUUUGCUUGCAUUUUCUGCGCGAAGGAACGCACACCAUCAUCAAUGCUGCGCUCGAGGUGUUGCUUAUCGUCGUGGCCAACGUGCAACCCGCGGUACGGAAAGUGUUUCUUUCGAAUCAAUGCGAGCACAGAAGGAUGCUGCUUAAACGGAAGACGCUGAAGAAUUCCAUUUUCAAAAUAAAUCCCAGCGAUAGUGUGCUGUCCUCGCGCAAAUCCAGCACCGACGCAAGGUCGGACCAUUUGCUGCGUCCUGGAUCGUUACCGGUCACUUCUACUCCGACGAAAUUUCCAUUACCCGUCGACGAUCGAUCUCUAGCGUCAGCAUCCGACAUCGAGCUCGAUUCUUUGAAGAGCAUGGACCUCGAUACGGAAAAUCGAACCGCACCGGCCCUACAGCUGGAAUAUUCCGGGGUUUCCGAUAUUGCGACGGGCAGCAACACCUCUUCCGGAGCGCCCGCACCAGACACACUCUCACUUAGAAGCCAAAAGUCAACCGACUCGAUCGGAUCGUUCCUAAAUACGCUGCUGACGAGCUCGAAUGCUGCUGAAUCGGUAACAAAGUUUUUCCGCAAAUCCAUCGAUAAACCCCUUCCAGACGAUGGCGAGGAGGAUCGUCUGUCGAUGGAUUCGAUGGCCAGCAGUCACAUGUCGUCAAACACGGAAACGAUCCGAGCGGAAUUAGAUGUGACGUUAGAGAGGGAUCUAGACACCGACUCUGUCACUGUGGUGCCUGUUGUCCCCAUUGCCACUCCCACGCCUUCUAAGGAUACGCUGGAAGUCCCGCUCGGCUCUUCGACGAUCGCGGACGACACGCUAGAAACCACAAAAGAGUUAUACAUUGGAACCAUACACGAUCAGAAUUUGUUAGAAUUCACAGCACGGCUUGUGUGCUCUCGAUUCCUGCUGGGUGGCAGCAGACACGUCCUAAUUCCAGACUCCAUCGUGCGCGUGUCUGUGAAAAGUCUAUCGAUGCAAGUUGUAGCUGCGUGCGUACGAUUAAAACCGGAACUACUUUGUCUGCCGCUCGAGCGAGACUCCUUCCGGGAGGAGUAUUCUGUGGUAGAAAUCCUAAACCUGGAGGAUGCAAUCAAUGAGCUUUCAAACGACAAUUUGGCCACGGGCGAAGAAUCCGACAACGCAAACGGUGUCACACCGAUACAGGAGGAGGAAUCGGGUGCUAAGUUGCUAGAAAUGAAGGAAGAUCACUUUGGGGAAUGCACUAGUGCGACGUACUUCGAAUACUUCUCACCGAUGUCGUUAAGUCUCGACCAAGGGCUAAAAUCGAAGCUGAAAUCGAUCGAGGAAAACUUUUCAAUCGACAACAACGAGAAGUUAAGUCGCGAUCUGGACGCUAUUCUUUCUCAGUCCGAACCAGGACCCGGGGCAAGUCUAACCGGACCGUCGGCCAGUGUGCGCAGGCGGGAGUUGCUGGUAGUGCCGAAAGUUAUAACCGCGACUAAAUCUGAGCAUCAAACAGGUGCUAGCCGGUCUGCUGUCGACUCAGCAGGCGAUACCGAUCUCACCGCGAUGGCUGUGUCGGACCGCAAGGAACUGGAAGAUGAGCAGCAACAGUUGUUGGCCGACGUACUACUUUUUUACGAUAAUGCAGAUCCAACGCUCCGCGGCACGGUGCAGUUAAUAGUUGGUAAUUUUUUACGUGCUGCUAUCGAUGCUGGUGGGACUUAUCGGGAGUUUCUUCGCACUAAGAUCCCAAAUGUCGCCAACCAAGCGUUCUUGAGCGAGGACAAAUUACUUCAAGUCGUUAUCCUGGGUCUCUCGGAUGACAUCCACACAGUGAUCAAUCAGACACUGUCGUCUGUGGAACUCUUUUUUAACGCAUACUUUCAGUCUGCUGCUAAUGCACAGGAGCGUGUCAUUCCGAUUUCGAAGCAUACUGCAAACAUUCCAUUCCAAUCGUGCAAUAGAAACAUGUUUUUGAACGAUAACAUUGCAUCUCACGCACAUCAAGAUGCGUCGCAUUACAUGAAAACGAUUCUUAAUCGGUUGUGUUUUAUGUCAGAGAACAAAUACUGGCUGGUGCAGUGUAAACUGUUGGACGUGCUUACUCAGCUCGAUUUCGAUUGCAUCAAAGCGUACGGUCAUCAGGGCGACCAGAUGAGGGAGAAAGUACUUGACCAGGUGCUUAGCGGACUCGGUGAUGGCGAUAUUCGGGUGCGAAAUCACGCCAGUGAACGUUUGCUGCAGUAUCUUGAGGGCGAUUCUCGCAAUGCCACCCUCGUACAACAUCAACAGGUGCACCCAAUAGCGGCACAAACCGUCGUUGGGGAUUUUGUAGACGAAUUCGUUCUCAGCACGUUCGCGUCACCGUUCAAUCAUCGAAGCUGCCAAAGAAGGACUUAUUCGGCUGCUUCGAAAGCGGUAUUUUCGUCUGUGAGCCGUGUGUUGUACAGGAUAAGCAAUCUUUUGCUUAAAAUAGGUGACAAAAAUUUACAGGCUGGAUUAAUACAUUUUCUACGCGUGUUCCUGGCGAAAUAUGAUCCAAUUGAUUUUGUGGAGCUGUGGAACGAAUAUAACAUAAAUAACGUGCUGUUGAGCUUGCUGACGGAAAUGAAUGGAACCAUCCUGGAUCUUACCGUUCACGCGGAUUUAUUGCGAAUAUGCUCUCAAAUCAUCGUUGUGGUAAUAUCGAGCCGUUCCACGAGUCAUGCUACGGACAGUGAAUUGAUGAAUAAAUUUAUCAUUCAUCUGUUGAAACUGCUCAAUAUUUAUCAUCACUUGUACGGCAACAUCUCUCCACUGGUCAUGAAUCGUGCUCAAAAGACGGACAUCUUCAUGAACACCAAGGAAUUACAACAGAUUAACUGUUUCGGAUAUUUCGGUAGCGAUCAUGUGUACAUGAAGCUUUACCAGCAGAUUCGAAGCUCGAUGGAGAGCUACCGUAUAACGAUCAAUACCGAAUCGGGCCAAAAGCUGUUCGAUUGUCUCCGGGCAUCCAUUGAGGCGUUGUGGACGCUUUUAGAAAUGAAAUCGCUCUCUAGCAUGACGAACGGAUUGAAAUUUGUGGAGGAAGUGCUGCGAUAUCUGCAAACAUUUCUUGUGGUGGAACCCGACCAUUGCAUUCGAUGUGCUCGGUAUCUGCUGAGGUUCAUCUUCCAUGCCAACUACAUAAACCGCACGGCUGAGGUAUCAUUUUUCCGCAAAAUAUCGCUCUCCGAAGACCCGAUAGAGGUAGCGUCGGAGGAAUUCUUCGUUCGCUAUUACGAUUUCUGCAAAGCAAAAUCGAAACCGAUUUCGUCUGAAAUCGGUGCUUUCGUUAAGCUGUUUGAACCGCUGGUUAUUACGUGUCUGAAGCUAUUCACCAAGAUGAGCAGCGGUGUUCAGGCAAAUAUUUUGCAGUUGCUCUGCCAGCUGCUGGAUUUCAACAUUAACUACCAACUGCUCGAUGGUAGUAACGUUUUUGUGGAAUCGAUAUUCAAACACAUUGAGUGCAUCGAACGAGGCACUGUGGAUGACUCUGAAGCACUAAUGCGGCAGGUGGUGCGAUUUCUGUUCCAGCUCAGCGGUCUCGUGCGCGAGAAACCGCUGGUAUCGAUCCCUAAGAUCAUCAACAUCUGCGACAAUCUGUUGGCAAACAAUGUCAUUCGUCGUACGGCAAUUGCAUCGGUGCAAGCUCUUUCGCAUGAAAUAUUCCUGCUUCGUCUCAGCAGCAAAAGCAUUGCCUCGAAGGUGUUCGAAGCGGCCGAGUGUAGCACCCAGAAGGAGGUGGUGCUCAACAUGCUUAUUAAGUUCCCAGACGAGCUGGAUGUUUACCGAGUCGUUCCUAUGAUAAUGUACAGCGAACGGUUGCACGACAGCGACGGUACCCAAGCAACCAACUGUGAGUCGGAUGUUCUAUCCGCCCUGUUGCAGGUGUUUGGAGAUGGUAAACUGGUGGUAACAAACGAUCGGGAAUACGCCAUCGUGUUGCGACUAAUGGAAUGUUUCGAACGAAGUAUGCUGCUGGAGAGUAAAAUGGUUCUGCGUUUCGUGGAAAUUCUAUACACCACUGUCUCUAACGAAUCUUGUGAUACACUGCAAAAAGUAAUUUAUGGCGAGUUGAUCAUCAAACAGGUUCUUCAAAAAAUGGAGGAAACCUAUCUUCUCAACCACGUCACACUAUACCAUCGCAAGGCAACCGCCUGUCAAAAUAUCGAGGAUGAAAGUGCAGAUGAUUUCAAUGUGCAAACGAAGCGUAACAGCGACGAUCUUGGACAAACAGCAUCACAGAGCUUGGCUCGCAUAUUGAUUCAGUACUUGCGCGAAUGCUUGAAUAGAUUGGAGGAAGUACAUCUGACUUACAAUGCGACUCUUGAAACCAUUCAGUUCUCAAACACAGCCGUUACGCGUUACAUUGAAACGCUCGGAAGUACAACUGGCUUAAAAGAAAUUAGCCGAAUAUUAGCUGAACAAAUUCCACUGGAACUGAUUCAUUGGCACCGUUUGCCCGUCUCUGUUGUGCGAUCUUUGUGUGAGAUGAUGAUUAAUCACGGAUAUGAUACAGAGCUUAUGCUGUCACUGAUUCGUAACAGUGAGUAUAGUGUACGAAAUAAUCGAUUGGUUACUGUGCUGAUAGAGGUGCUGUUGGAACGUAACCCAAAUGAGUCCAAGUGGUCGCAAAAAGAAGUGCAAGCAUUGCUAUCUAGCGAAUCGCUUCUACUGUCGCAGCAUUUCCAGCCUCUCUUACUGUGCCACAUAACGGACGACGAGUUUUCGAAGGAAAUUGUGAAAAGUAUCAUGACAAACGUUGAAGGAAAACUGUCCAACAUUCACUGUACGUUACUGGAAAAAGCACCUUUAACUUCGCUAACGCUCAUAUGCAACCGGUUGACGGACUUGCUAGGUACGAUCAAUAUAGUUACCUCACGCAAUGCCGCCUUGAUUCUAAAUCACAAGCUUGACGCACUGUUGCAGCUGGGAAAUCAAGGGCUAAAGGAAAGUGCCGUCCUUACCGUACUACCAGAAAGCGAUUUCCGUUACCUUUACUCUAGCUUUACCAUUGAGCGUAAGCGAAAGUUCCCCAAACUCUUCAAAACGCUCGUUCAACUAAAACAAUAUUACGAGAACGUGUCACACAACGAAUCAAAAUGCUCGAUUGGUAUAUCUAUUGAUACUGUGUCACUAAAAGAUCUGACAAUUGAUGAAACAUGGUUCCUGAAGCAGAUCGCACACCACUGUACCGAGCAAUCGUAUACCAAACCGCGAAACAUUGCCAAAAUGUUACACGAAAUAAAAUCGGAAAGCAAGCUUAUCAAUCUGUUCUCCAGUGGCUCGCUGAAUGUGCGACUUUUGCGUGACAUAAUUGCAGUCGCAUUUGAGAAUAUGAUGCACUCUUUCCGCAUCGAUUGCGUUCAAUUUAAUCCCCAUCUGAACUAUCUGAAGGUGCAUCCAAUGCUGAAGGUGUCGCUUAUCGUGUUGAUGCGCAAACUGGGUGAAAUUUGCGACGCAAAAACAAAAGCAGACGAUACUAGCGUUAAAUUGCAUUGUGCCGAGUGUGUCGUUUGUUUUCUAGAAUAUUUAAACAGGCUCGAACACCUUUGCCUUUUCCACAUCGAAGGCAGGUUCAUAGAACGCUUCGUGAAGGAGCAUCUGCUAAAGUCAAACUUUUUCGAACCACUACUCACUUUUGGAAGCGUCUGUGCUCGUGCCGCAUUACAGGAACCAUCGGUAAACGUGACUCGCAUUGAGCUGUAUCUGAGAUGCAUCGAAACCAUACUUCGUCAACGAUACCUCUGGAACGAACUAAACCAAAACGAUCGAUAUCAAACUGAUGUGGAGCUGUACGUUGAGGUACUGUACAGCCUGAUCGAACGUUCACACCGCAAUGAUCAGCUAUCAGGGAGAAAACAAACACCGGUCGUGUUUCAAUCGUUUAUGAACGAUGAAACAAGUUCAGUUGCAAUUUAUAUAAAAACGAUCAUCAUAGCCGAACUUGUCACAGAUUCCACAUCGAUGGCAAAACAUCUAUCAAUGAGCGAUCACAUGAUCGCUUUGAUUGAAUCGAUUGCCAUUUCUAUUCUCAAGCUAGACAGAUUUUAUCCGUACGCAUUGACACCUCUCGAGCUGUACGAUUGCUAUACCACGCUAGAUGUACUAGAAAACGGCCACCCGAAAGUUCCCACGGUACCGAUCGAACAUCUGUAUGAUGUUGAACUUUUAGAGCUGUUUUUAAUGAGAGUAAACGUGUUUGGCUUCUCCUCGCGACAACAAUUUGAGGAACUCUUCAUGUCGCUGAUGGUGUUGCUUAACCGUAUAGAGGAUCCAAUAUUUGUGAGUCUACUGGAGCAACGGGAAAUCAAAAACAUGUGCCUAAAGGCUGUUACGACUUUGCUAAUAUCCUGCUACCGCUACCCAUGGAUUGGCUUCAACGAGGGCAAAUUUCAUCAUUCAACGCGAAAUUCAAGAAUCAAAUGUGAUACAAUCGGUUUGAAAAAAUUACACAACAUACAGCUUUCUAUUCCGCUAAGCAACGUGUUCUACCAGCCCAACCUGGAGCGGCGUCUGUUAGUUGCAGUAAAGGAUGAUUUGUAUUCGGCCGACGACAGUAGCGUCGGAACGUUAUGUUUUAGCUCGAAUCAGCUUUCGCUGGAUUAUUUCUGGGAAAUCAUAGAACGAACGAAUGAAGCUAGCGGUGCAGGUAUUUCAUCUCCGGUGGAAACAUUAAUCGUUCGAAAUAGGAGGUAUUUUGUGGAAAAAAUCAAUAUCGACUCCACAAGCUCUAUGCAGUUGAUUUAUGACGUGUUAAAACAGCUACUCGACGAAGAUCCAGCAUUAGUUUUGCCUCAUUUGGUGUGUUUCUGCGAAAUAAUUGAAAAUAAGGAUCAAAUAGCCUGCCUAAACCAACUGCUACUAAAGCUACAAGAGCGCGUUCCGAUGGAUGAUACAUUGUCUCAACAGCAUAUUAUCUACUUGCUGUGCCGGUUAGCAGCGCUCCUUACUCCCAGCAUGGCCGAGCUGACGCAUCUUUGUACAAUCAUCCCAACGUAUCUGAAGAGCACUCAGCUGUACAUCCGUAACGCGACCUUAAAAGGAAUGAUCUGUCUGCUAGAGUGUCUGGUGAAAACCAACACAUCAAUUGGAUCGCUAAAUGACGAGCUACAGCUCGUGCGAAACGUGAUCGUUAACUACAUUGUAAAGCAUGGUAUUAUCGAAGAAAGCUCGGGAGCUUUCAGCGAUCUGCAUACGAAGCUUGUGUGGACGUUGAAUUUUUAUCUGAUUGAACACACGUCGCGUUUCGUGCCAGAGUGCAACCUCUUGUCGAACAGCAUCAUCUCGGCGAAUAAUAUCCUCAAAAGGACCACCAACUUAGACAUCUAUCUGUGUAUUUUGAAUGGUUUAGAGCGGCUGGUCAUCAGUGGUCGGGUUUCGCGUACGCUGCAUGAAAAGAUCGAGAAACUGGCGAUCGAUCUCGUGAAGAUAGAUAACGAGAUGUUUUCGUUGUCAGCGCUGAAGCUUCUGGUCACUUGCAUCUAUCGCAGCUGUAACGAGCAGCUUGAAAGUACGGAACGCUGCAAUGGUAUCGUGCAGGACGAGCCGGACAUAAUCGUUCAGCAGAUCGAUAAGAUAGAGAUUCUGUUUGCCAAAAUCCGCACCACAACCCCGCAGGGUGCCAAAGUGUUCGGGGACGUGCUGUGCCAGCUCAUACGUGAUCUUUUACCACCCAACGAGAUCCUGACGAAGGUGUUCAAGGAGCUGAUGUUAAAUCAACCCAACCCGGAUAUUAUCGCAAGCGUCACAUUCCAGCUGUUCCGCUCCGCGAUCGACGCAUCGCACUUGAGCCUUCUGCAGGAGUGGUUACUGUGUUCGUUGCCGAAUUUUCUCUCAUUUCCUCAGGUGAACAAAUCCGUCUGGUGUCUGACCGUUAUCUUCCUUUCGUCUUCGCUUAACAUCCAUCUGAUCAAACUGUUGCCUGAAGUGCUGUCACUUCCCUCGUAUCAGCAGCUUAACGAAAGAGAAAUCAACAACUUCAUCAUCUCGGCCAAGGAUUUCUAUGCUCGCCUUGACGGCAACGGUACCCAGAAAGCGAAAUUCAAAGAAAUAUUCCAACAACACGAUUCUUUUGUUUUUCAAAACCUUGUGCAAUGCUUGUAAGAUAGAUUCCAUCUGAAAUCGCGCGCUCUUAGAUGUGACACUACCAAAUGAACUCGAUAUUAUCGCCUUCAAGUAGACAGUUGUAAGAGUUGAUAUUUGUUUCGAAUUUAAUGUUUAUUUGUUUUCGUAAGCAAGUCAAACUAGUUGAAUUGUUAAAAUAUUAUAAAAAAACUCUUUUCUCGACA